CUUCCUUUCCGUUCGGGUUGUCAGGCGGGGACAGCGGCAAGGGUUCUCAGCCGGGCGGGAGGGGGCCGGGUCGCCGCCGCCGCCUCCGUCCUUUUCUCCCCCCUCCCCCCGGGGCCGGGACCGCCUGCGUCGCGCUCCAGGCUCGCUCCCCUCCAGUCCUGUCCGGAGAGGCCUCCUGGGACUGAAGGAAGAGCAACCGAGGUUUCAAUCUGCGGCUGACAAGCGGGCUCACCAUAAUGCACUGGAACGAAAACGUAGGGACCACAUCAAAGACAGCUUUCACAGUUUGCGGGACUCAGUCCCAUCACUCCAAGGAGAGAAGGCAUCCCGGGCCCAAAUCCUAGACAAAGCAACAGAGUAUAUCCAGUAUAUGCGAAGGAAAAACCAUACGCACCAGCAAGACAUUGAUGACCUCAAGCGGCAGAAUGCUCUUCUGGAGCAACAAGGGGAAAGCGAGAGCUGAUCAAGUUCUUUGUUCCUGGGGAAUUCACUUCUCUUCCUCCCUCAUGGAAGAUGCAAGUAAAAGGAAAUUCCGUGCACUGGAGAAGGCAAGAUCAAGUGCCCAACUGCAGACCAACUAUCCCUCCUCAGACAACAGCCUCUACACCAACGCCAAGGGCGGCACCAUCUCUGCCUUCGAUGGGGGUUCAGACUCCAGCUCAGAGUCCGAGCCUGAAGAGCCCCAGAGCAGGAAGAAACUCCGGAUGGAGGCCAGCUAAGCCAUGCGGGGCAGGCCAGCAAUAAAACUGUCGACUCUCUCGUCACGUCCUCCUUCUGUUCAUCAUUAGAACCCUCAGAACCAUUGAGAAGACUCUUUAUUUUCCUUUUCUCUUUAUUAAUUGUUAUUUUUGCAUAGAAGCUCUUGGACAACAGCUCUCACCCCUUCCCUGUGUCCACUAUUUUUAAAUGUAUUCCCUUCAGGGGUUCCUGUCCCCACCAGAAAUUUUAAACCAAAACACCCCAACUUGGCAGCUCUUUCUGUGGAGGACAGACGGCCGGCCAGACCUCUUGAGUACACGGUGUCCUGCCCACCCUACCAGCUCCUCCAGCCCUCAGAGCACGUGCCUGGAGGACGCCUGCUCUGCUAGGCUCUCCUCCCAGUCCUCCCUCACCUCUGUUUGGUGGACUUUGUGAAUCUCUGAACUGUUCUGCUUUGACAAGAAGACCAGAUUGGAGUAAUCAGAACUCACUCCCUCUCCUUUGUAAGGAUUAUUUUUUUGGAAAAGCUGUCUCUCCUGUUGAAAGACGGGAUUCUUGAAGAAGCUUGUGUGGUAGAAAGGAAAGUGGGGACAGAUUUGCAGCACCCUUGGCACAGUCGGUCACUUCGGCUGUUUAAGCCUGAAGACCCAGCCUUCCAGAAGGCCACGGGACGCUGGUAUGUAUGUAUAGGAGGCGGCGGCAGUGAAAGGAUCGGCUCUCAGGAGUGGGGGUGGCUAUGUGGGUGGGGCUGGGAGGGAGUUUUAGGUGGGGUUGAGGUUUUGUAUUAAGGGCCAGUGAUGAUGUUUUGAUAUUUAUUUCCUGCUACUGAAAUUUGAAUCUGAAUGAAAUGCCCCCUAUUUCUGAUGAUGUCGAUAUUGUAAAGCGACAGAUUCAUAAAGUAAUGAUCAAA